AAUGUCAUUCCAACUUGACCAAUCAACGUCAGUAAUAAAAACGGCGCCGCCGGGGCGCCUAGAAUUCAAAAACGAGCCAAUCGACAUUGCAAGCUCCAAUAUUCAAGACCUAGCGAAAAUGCAAACAUUAGACGGAUAUUACCAACAGACAUCACUACAACUUCCACAAUCACAACAAUAUCAUCGGAUGUAUGAAAAUGUCUACAAUAACCAGCAGAUUUUAUAUGCUCAAACUCAAAACUUUCAAUAUCCCUCAACAUUACUCACGAACGGCAGUCUCGCACAAACCGAAUGGAGGGGCCAACAAAUGGACACGUCCGCCUAUUCAAAUACAGGAUAUUCGAGGAGCUCGACGAGCCAACAACCUCAGUACACGCAGCAAGUGACUGAAAAUGAGCGGAUUGUGUAUAAGCCAGUUGAUAUGCCAUCACCAGUGGAUUCGGGAAUUGGUGGUGAUAUUAGUAUUUUGAAUCCGAAAGAGGAGUUUUUUACAAGCGCCGAUGGAGGUAGUAUGCUGGAAAGAAGUAGUGAAAGGACACUUAGUCAUCGGGAUUCUCCGCUGGUUAUUCCUAAGUUAUAUAACAAUCUCGGUUUCCAAUAUGUGCUCGAGGCUCCAAUAUCCACGUCAGUACGACGAGAUGAUGAUCGGAUGACAUAUGUGAAUAAAGGACAAUUCUACACAGUUUCAUUAGAGUAUACACCGGAUCUGAACAAAUGUUUGAAGAGUCAGACGGUUAAGAGUCAACUGAUGGUUGUAUUCCGAGAGGACAAGACGUACGAGGAGGAGAUCAAAACGUGGCAAUCUUGGCACGCGCGGCAACACGUGUCAAAGCAGCGAAUCCUGGAAAUUGACAGUAAAAACAGCUCGGGAAUGAUCGGACAAAUCGAGGAGAUCGGCAACAACGCGGUGCAGUUCUACUGGAAUCCGUCGGAUCCAUCUGGAGUAAGGAUUUCCAUCGCUGUUCAAUGUCUUUCAACUGAUUUUUCGACUCAAAAAGGUGUCAAGGGCCUACCGCUUCACGUACAAAUCGAUACUUAUGACGGUGAAAAUGACAAAGUCCCAUUCCACAGGGGUUACUGUCAGAUUAAAGUUUUCUGUGAUAAGGGCGCUGAGCGAAAACUUCGCGACGAAGACAAACGAGCGCAGAAGCGAAAAGUUCAAGAAUACACAGCAGGAGCACUACCCGGUGGCAGGAAGAAGUCCGACGGUGAAUACCAUGAUCAGUGCGAGCGCAGCGAAUUUUACCAUAUGCGAGAACUCGACAAGCCCGCUGCUCUUUUUAUUGCUCCAGAAGAAUUUGAGCCUCGCUACGUGGAUAGUACGAGUCUGAGCUUUGAUAUGUCCGAAAUCGAGCCGAUACCCACGAAAAGGCCCAGGACUUCGGAGAGGAUAAUGCUCUACGUUCGAAAACGAGACGAGCAAAUUUACCAGCCGUUACACGUGGUACCCGCUUCGCUUUCCGGAUUAGCACUCGCCAUAGCCAACAAGUUCGGAGCCGACCCGGAUAAGAUGUCCGGCGUCUACAAACGAUGUGCAAAAGGCAUCACCGUAAAAGUUGACGACGAAAUGCUCCGACUCUACUGCAACGAGGACACCUUCAUAAUCGAUGUGGAGCACGCGACGGACGGCUCAACAGCCGCCACGUUAAUCGAGGUGGCUCCCACCAAUCCAAACUCGUAUUCCAACUCAUGAGAGUAAACCUCUUUAGGUUCUUGUCUUAAUUCUCUUAAAGGAGGACUAACGGUUCGGACGAUUUUGAACGUAUAGACCCAAAAUGUUCUCAAAUGAACGAAUUUCGUAAUGAAACUUCUCAAAAAAUUUCCAAAAAUUUUUUAUGGCGGUUCAAAAUUUCGAAAAAAUUUCACAAAUUUUAGCUAAAAUCUCGAAUUUUGCCUAAUUUUCGGUGUCACAUCGGUCCGAAGUUGGCUUUUUCGGAGUUAUCAUCCUUUAUUGCAUAUAUUGGUAGUUUAUCUCAUUUAAUUUCGUUGAUUAAGGUACAUUUAAAGCCGAUCGGUAACCAAUUUCGACGAUUUUUGGUUACCUAUCGGCUUUAAAUGUAUCUUAAUCGACGAAAUUAAAUGAGAUAAACUACCAAUAUACGCAAUAAAGGAUAAUAAUUCCGAAAAUGUCAACUUCGGACCGAUGUGACACCGAAAAUUAGGCAAAAUUCGAGAUUUUAGCUAAAAUCAGUGUAAUUUUUUUGAAAUUUUGAACCGCCAUAAAACAUUUUUGGAAAUUUUUUGAGAAGUUUCAUUACGAAAUUCGUUCAUUUGAGAACAUUUUGGGUCUAUACGUUCAAAAUCGUCCGAACCGUUAGUCCACCUUUAAAUAUAAUAAUUGUCUUAAAUUAGUCCUAACCAAGGAGUGAAAAUGCAAGUCAAUUUCUUGAAAUUCAUAUUGCAUUUUCCCUUCAGGUCUCCAUAAAAAUCCUCAAAUUCAGUCUUUCAUCCACCACCACCACUAUCCCUCCCCAACCCCUCUUCCAGAUCUCUAUUCAGUUAUUGAAAGCCCCAUCAUCAUCUAUUGUUCGUAGCCGUUUCUAGCCUCUGCUGCACCCUCCAUCUCUUCACCCAACAAGCCCCUCCAACUUUCCAGAGUUUCUCCGGUUAAUAUCUAGCAUUCUAAGGUAUCUGUGGGAAAUUUCCCCAUACAUAUUUCCUAAUAGAAUGGAAGAUUAAUAAUUCCUAUCCUACAUCCAAUAGUAUUCAGCACGAGUCGUUACCACCCCAAUUCUUUCUCCUAUAUAUAUGUGAUAAAAGCCUUUUUUUUCGCUUCUCCUUACUCCAAAUGUGAUCAAUUACCCCUCGACUCCCCAAAAAUCCCCCUCAAAUACCUCGCAUUUUCCCCCGAUACACCUAUUUUCUCCACCCAGUUUGUUUGUCUUUUUGCACUCCAAGUUUUGUCUCUGUAUUAUAUUGUUCUUCUUCUUCUGAGAGAGAAAAAAAUCCAACAAAAAAGACGAUAAAAAGUUAAAUAAUUA